CAAUCACAUGGUAUUUUAAGAAUGCCAGAAAGAUGGCGGUAGCGGCGGCGGCGGCGGCCGUGGCCGGGCCGGCCGGCGGGGGAGGCGGCCGGGCGCAGCGGAGCGGGCUGCUGGAAGUUUUGGUGCGGGAUCGUUGGCAUAAAGUUCUGGUGAACUUGAGCGAGGACGCCCUGGUUCUGAGCUGCGAAGAGGGCGCUGCGGCGUACAAUGGCAUCGGAAGUGCCACCAACGGCUCGUUCUGCAGAGGCACCGGAGCCGGGCACCCGGGCACGGGGAACCUCCAAGCCCCGGACUCGCCCUCCGGGGUGCGCACUGCCUUCACCGAUCUGCCCGAGCAGGUGCCCGAAUCCAUCUCCAACCAGAAGCGCGGCGUGAAGGUGCUCAAGCAGGAGCUGGGCGGGCUGGGCAUCAGCAUCAAGGGGGGCAAGGAGAACAAGAUGCCCAUCCUCAUCAGCAAGAUCUUCAAGGGGCUGGCGGCCGACCAGACCCAAGCCCUGUAUGUGGGCGACGCCAUCCUGUCGGUGAACGGAGCCGACCUGCGGGACGCCACCCACGACGAGGCGGUGCAGGCGCUGAAGCGCGCGGGCAAGGAGGUGCUGCUGGAAGUGAAGUACAUGAGAGAAGCCACGCCCUACGUGAAGAAAGGAUCCCCAGUAUCGGAAAUUGGGUGGGAAACGCCUCCACCGGAAUCCCCUCGGUUAGGCGGUGGCUCAUCAGACCCUCUGUCAUCCCAACCAUUCUCCUUCCAUAGAGACCGGAAAAACAUCCCUCUGAAAAUGUGCUAUGUCACUCGGAGCAUGACCUUGGCUGACCCUGAGAACAGGCAGCUUGAAAUCCAUUCUCCAGAUGCUAAGCACACGGUGAUCCUAAGGACCAAAGACUCAGCCACUGCCCAGGCCUGGUUCAGCGCCAUCCAUUCCAACGUUAGUGACCUGCAGACUCGAGUGAUUGCAGAAGUCAGAGAGCAGCUGGGGAAAACAGGCAUUGCCGGCAGCCGAGAGAUCCGGCAUCUUGGCUGGCUUGCAGAGAAGGUGCCAGGCGAGAGUGAGAAACAGUGGAAACCAGCCCUGGUUGUUCUGACUGAGAAAGACCUUUUAAUCUAUGACAGCAUGCCGAGGAGAAAGGAAACCUGGUUCAGUCCAGUUCACUCAUACCCUCUUCUCGCUACCAGGCUGGUCCAUUCAGGGCCAGGGAAGGGAUCACCUCAGGCUGGUAUGGACCUGUCAUUUGCAACACGGACCGGUACCAAGCAAGGAAUUGAAACGCACCUCUUCAAGGCAGAGAUCAGCAGAGACCUCUCCCACUGGACCAGGAGCAUAGUACAGGGGUGCCACAACUCAGCAGAACUCACAACGGAAAUUACCGCUGCUUGCACCUACAGAAACCAGGAGUGCCGUUUGACCAUACACUAUGAGAAUGGAUUUUCUAUUUCUACCGAACCACAGGAGGGUGCCUUUCCUAAGACAAUCAUACAGUCCCCUUACGAGAAGCUCAAAAUGUCUUCCGAUGACGGGAUCAGGAUGUUGUACUUAGACUUUGGAGGCAAAGAAGGAGAGAUCCAACUGGAUCUUCAUUCCUGCCCCAAGCCAAUUGUGUUCAUCAUUCAUUCCUUCCUGUCGGCUAAGAUUACAAGGCUGGGCUUGGUGGCCUGAGCAGAGGGGCGCCUUGCCUUAGGAAAGGAGAACUGUGGUGCCACAAGGGGGCGACACCCGACACCACCUGUGGUGAGCAGUGCAGUGGAUGUAGCCCGCCAUAGUCAGCUUCAGGGUUUGAGUCACGUGUUUUGUCCUAGGUUCCUCUGUCAGGUGCAGCCACACAGAGAACCCUAAGCAAUUACCAUGCGGAACAUCAGAAUAAAUCUUGUUAGCACAGAACAAGGUUAAAGCACUGAAGGCCAGUGGAAUACACAUAGCCUGGCUUCUGAAUAAUGACAGGCAAGGACAUGGCCGUUAAGAAGAGCAUAUGCAGAUCUUAAUCAUGCCACCUAGGCAACUGGUUCACCCAGGUAAGCCAAGGCCGAAUAGAUGAGACAUGGAUAUUUUCAUAUACUGUUCCCCUCUCCUCGCCCCCCCCCCCGCCCCCAUCGAUCCUCAGUAACAUUAAUUCCCUUGUUUUAGGGCCAUUUCUUUCUUCAUUCUAGUUGAGUUGACUUUCACUGUUUUUAGAUCUGAGCCAAGGUGGUGUGCUUACAUUGUAAAACUUUGCUGGAGAGUUGUCUACAAAAUAGAUAAUUCAUUGUGGGAUAACACUCACACCAAAAUCUGCUUUCUUACACCCAAGAAUGAUACCUUUAUGGGUUAAAAAAAAAAGAUUUUGCAUCUGAGAUAUGUAAACUUACAUGGUUGAGGUUGUUUCCAUUUCAUGAUAGUCAGUGAAAGUUCUGAGCAAUUGACGACCCUUGUUUCCUACCCAUGCUUGUACCACAUGCAUUUUUCUUUCAUUCUUUUUGUUUUUUCUUGCCUCUAUUAUUUUUAAUGAGCUUGGAAAUCUUAACACUAUUCAUCCUUCAUAAAAAUAAAUUCCCUCCAAUGGAUUUAACUCAUUUCUUUACAUUUAAACAUCCAAUUGAUCAUUUCAGUGCUACAUCCAGAAAACUGAAGUAUUCUAUGCUGCUGCAUAUGGUAAGAGUCUCAUCUUUUUUAAUUCUGUUUUAUAGUAAAAACAAAUCACACUACAUGUAUCUAGGCAUGCAUUUUCAAACAAGUAAUGGAGCGGCCUCAUUUAAUUCUAGGUGAUGCUGGAUUUUACACACCAACCCAGCACUGUAAUCAGAUCUACUAGUACCAUCUGCAGCUCUAUUGAAAUUCCAGGGAACUAAUAUAAAUGAGCUGAUAUUUUUCUGCAAGACUAUGUUGAAACAGUACACAGCACAUUACUGACUUGAGGCUUUGGCUUUUCUGAUUAAAGAUUCAUUCACCCAUGAUUUUGGAGUCAUUUUCCUCAAAGCUUGAAGAUUAGGGCUAGAACUUCUGUGUUUAUUUCUUCCCCAAGGUUUACCUAGACCUGUGGCCUGCAUUAGAUCUGUGUGUUUCAUGAAUUCUGUGUUAGUAAAUCCCUAUGCAAAGAGCUUUAACAAGUGAAACUAUUGAAAGGAAUGUGAGUUUGCUUCAUCUAUGUCUAUUGAGUUGCACUUUUAAUUUCCCCAAAAUAUGCAUCCUGUGCUCGUAGUUUCAAGGUGCAUUGAUUGAGUGGUGUUUUGGCUUGGGCGUGGAAUAGGACUUUUAAUCUUAAAAAAAAAACUUUGCUAAAUACUGAGUUCUGAAAAGGCUAAAGAGAAGCCACCCUUGCUGGCUUUCUUUAAAGCUCUAAUGGUCAUCAUGAUUGUUCAAGAGGGGGUACAGUGUGCCAUUCCUCACAGUUACCUACAGAACUCCUUUCUCAUGGAGCGUCUUGCAAAGCUCAUGUUUUCUGUGACAAUGCUUUAGAAAACACAGUUUUAGACUGUUAACUUUCUAUCUGUUUCCUGUUUUAAAAUGCUGAAGAGUGAAGUCAUAGCUUAAAUAAUGUAGGAAAGUAUUGAUGUAAAUUAUAUUGCACUCUUUCACUAUAUAUUUUCAAGAAAAUCACUGGAAUGUUGUUAUACAAGAGAAUUAUACUUGUGUAUUGUAAAUAACAUAGCAAGAUGCAUAUAUUAAUGCCAAUAGUUUAAUUCAACAAUAUGUAAUCCAAGGUGCUCGGUACUACAUGAAGUAUGAGUUAAAUACUCAUAAUUAAGUUGCAAAGAUGCUAUUAUAUAUUUAUAGACAGAUUAAAAUGACCAUAAUUACAAAUAUUAUUUCUUCACUACUUACGUUUUGAACUGAUUCAUAUCUGUGUGUGAGGGUCGACAGAAAUUAUAUCCUCUACAUUUAUAAAAUUUUAAUUUAAAUAUUUAUAUUUUAGGGAAAAUAUAUUUGAAUAAAACUGAUGCAUUUUCUGAAGUAAACUAAAAUGUGUUAUUAGCAAGAAAUAGAAACUUUUACUAAGAGAAUUGUGUUUAUGAAUCAUUUUUUUCUUCCCAAUUAAAGUGUAUCAUAUCAGAAUGGCUAUGAUGAAUUAAUUUCAAAUAUUCAAUACUUUUUCAUAUUGAAGAAUGUGUGUGUGUGUGUGUGUGUGUGUGUGUGUGUGUGUGUGUGGCACUUGGGAGUGAAUAUAGGGCAUAGCCCCAGAUUUCUAAUUUUGAAAUUUUGACAGUUACAGUAACUUUACAGUAUACUUUCAUCUUGUCCUGAUGUGUGCUAUGUGUGUUAUGACACAAACUCAUAAGUCUAUAUUCCACCUGGCCAUUUGAGAAGAUUGUUUUUUACAAAAUUGUUUUGUAUUCAACUCUAUUACUAAAAUCAUAAUACUUAACCCUAAAUAAAAACCAAC